GGCGAUCAUGUGACCGCUGUUCACGUGUCUCCGCAGCCGGUCCGGGCUUGAAGCACCGCAGGGAGAGUAUGAGAAAGAAGAAAACUGGGGGCAGAGAGGGAAGUGAGGGGAAUCAGAUCCCAGGCCUUCCAGAAGAAGGAGCAGCUUUCCCUCCACCAAAGCCAGAGGGGUGGAAAGAGCAGGUUGAGGAGAGCCAGAGGCAACAGACCUCCUAGGAUAACAGCCCCAAACAAGCUGGUGCCGCCCUCCAGCUGAAGGUGUUGCCUCAGCUCCCCAGGGCAUGUGGUCGUGAGACAGAACCCACAGACCCUGCAGGAACAGGACUCCAAGGGCCAUGGCCCAGGUCAGCAUCAACAGUGACCUUGGCGAGUGGGGCUUAAGCACAGACUCCGGGGAGCGUGCCCGUCUGCUGCAGAGUCCCUCUGUGGACAUAGCCCCCAAGAAUGAGGGGGAGGCCCCUCCCGGGGGUCUGGACCGAGGCACCACUUCCACACUUGGAGCCGUCUUCAUCGUUGUCAACGCCUGCCUGGGCGCGGGGCUGCUCAACUUCCCAGCAGCAUUCAGCACUGCUGGGGGCGUGGCAGCCGGCAUCACGCUGCAGAUGGCCAUGCUGACUUUCAUCAUCAGUGGCCUCGUCAUCCUGGCUUACUGCUCCCAGGCCAGCAAUGAGAGGACCUACCAGGAAGUGGUGUGGGCUGUGUGUGGCAAGCUGACAGGCGUGCUGUGUGAGGUGGCCAUUGCCACCUACACUUUCGGGACCUGUAUCGCCUUCCUCAUCAUCAUCGGGGACCAGCAGGACAAGAUUAUAGCUGUGAUGGCAAAGGAGCCUGAGGGGGCCGGCGGCAGCCCCUGGUACACAGACCGCAAGUUCACCAUCAGCCUCACUGCCUUCCUCUUCAUCCUGCCCCUUUCCAUCCCCAGGGAGAUCGGCUUCCAGAAAUAUGCCAGCUUCCUGAGCGUCGUGGGCACCUGGUAUGUCACUGCCAUCAUUAUCAUCAAAUACAUCUGGCCCGAUAAAGAGAUGACCCCAGCGGACAUCCUGAACAGGCCAGCUUCCUGGGUAGCUGUGUUCAAUGCCAUGCCCACCAUCUGCUUCGGAUUUCAGUGCCACGUGAGCAGUGUGCCCGUCUUCAACAGCAUGCGGCGGCCCGAGGUGAAGACGUGGGGCGGGGUGGUGACAGCUGCCAUGGUCAUUGCCCUCGCCGUCUACAUGGGCACAGGCAUCUGUGGCUUCCUAACCUUUGGACCUGCUGUGGACCCCGACGUGCUCCUGUCCUACCCGUCGGAGGACAUGGCUGUGGCCGUCGCCCGUGCCUUCAUCAUCCUGAGUGUGCUCACCUCCUACCCCAUCCUGCACUUCUGCGGGCGGGCGGUGGUCGAAGGCCUGUGGCUGCGCUACCAGGGGAUGGCGGUGGAGGAGGACGUGGGCCGGGAGCGGCGACGGCGAGUGCUGCAGACGCUGGUCUGGUUCCUGCUCACCCUGCUGCUGGCGCUCUUCAUCCCUGACAUAGGCAAGGUCAUCUCAGUCAUUGGAGGCCUGGCCGCCUGCUUCAUCUUCGUCUUCCCAGGGCUGUGCCUCAUUCAAGCCAAACUCUCUGAGAUGGAGGAAGUCAAGCCAGCCAGCACUUAACUUGCAUCAUUCACAUUUGGUCUUCAUGACAACUCCAUGCAGAAGUGGAAGCUAAGAGAUGUUACAUAGUUUGCCCAAGGACACACAGGGAGUAAAAUUGGAGCCAGACAGCCCUCUUGCCGUGCAUGAACGAACAAGUGAGCUGAGGGCUCUCUCAGUCUGGUGAUUUCUGACCCCAGAAGGCAAGCUCAGCAACUUCCAGCUCUCAUGCUGGCACCAACAUCAGAUCCUGGAGCCCUUGGCUUACUGUCCCAGCCAAACCAUGUUGAGUGGUGGGAUGCCUGCUGGCUGGUGGCUCUGGGCAAGCUGCUUCCCCUCUCUGGGCUUCUGUUUCCAGAUCUCUAACAUGGGACUGAUUAUCACGGACCUUAUUUACCUCCCAGGAUGAAGGAGAGCCAAUGUCAAGAAAGUACAUGAGGGACUUCCCUGGUGGUGCAGUGGUUGAGAAUCUGCCUGCCAAUGCAGGGGACAUGCCCUGGUUGGGGAAUAUGCCACAUGCCACAGAGCAGCUAAGCUUGUGUGCCAUAACUACUGAGACUGCACUCUAGAGCCUGAAAACCACAACUACUGAAGCCAGCAUGCCUAGGGCCCCUGCUCCACAACAAGAGAAGCCACCACAAUGAGAAGCCUGCGCACUGCAACAAAAAGUACCCCCCUGCUCACCACAACUAGAGAAAACCCACGUGCAGCAACAAAGACCCAAUGCACCCCAAAAUAAAAUUAAUUAGUUUUUAAAAACACAAAGAAAGUACAUGAAAAAAUGACAGAAGUGCUUUAUAACCAGAAAUCCAUGUUUACAGAAGAAAUGUGAAAACUCAGAUUCUCCUUAGGAGGACACAGGCAGAGGUUCCCCUACCACUUCCUGGGAGUCAGGGUACUUCUCAAACUUUAAUGUGCAUAUGAAAUUUUUAUCUCCUUAGGAUACAAAUUCUGAUUCAGUGGAUCUGAAGUGGGGCCUGCAGUCUGCAUUGUGAAUGCUCCCAGCUUUGCGCACGCUCUGGUCCUUGGACCGCACUUUGGGUAGCAGGGGACUGGUGGACAGAGCAAAGGCUUUGGCCUCAGAGAGGCCUGGGUUGGAUCUCAGCAGUGCCUCUUCACAGUGGGAACUCAGGAAGUCAGUUUACUUCUCUGAACCCCACUUUCCUCCACUAUAAAGUAGUGCAUCUUAUAGAUGCAACUAUUAUAGAUCCAAGGACAAAUGGCAUAAACUAUGUGAAGUGCCUGGCAGAGAGCAGGGAUUAUGUUGGUCAUUUC